UAUGUGCCUGAAGAUUAUAAAGAGAAUACCGAAAGCACAAGCAUUCCUGUUGAAUCAGAAAGUGUCAUAACAGAAAGUAUAACGGCAGAUAAAUUUGACUUCGACAUAGAAUUGAGCCCAAUUCUUUUUAAUUAUGAUAGCUUUGACAAAGCACGAGAACUUGCAGAGGCGGAUGAAAGAGUGGACAUUAAUCUUUUAAGGGAAAAUAAUACUGAUACCAAUAUAGAUAGCAGUGAUAUAGUAUCAUCUUCGGUGUUCGAUCUUGAAUCUGAAUUAAAUGACGAGAAUGAGUAUCUUGUCAAGGAUACCACUACCGAAAUCGCUAAUGAGGAUAAAAAAAAAGUUUUCUUGACGCAUUUGGUUUCUAUUUUACCAACAUUUUUUGACAUCAAAUCAUUCCCAGUAACUGCAAAUUCACCCAGCCUUCUUUUUGUUAAAAUAGUUUUAAGACUGGAACAUGUUAAUUUGACAAAUAUUGUAGAUCAAAAGUUCAAUUUUACCUCUGAAACAGCUCUAGAUUUGGGAAAAGCGUUGGGGGUUGCAAUAUGGAAUGUACGACAUGAA